GGGUGAGAGCCGCCUCGCCGCCUGAACACCGCGGCAGGAGGGGGUUCUGGAGCGGGGCGGCGGGACUGCAGGCUUAAGGACUCCAGAAAUGGAUGGUGCAGCAUGGUGGGGACGGCUGGGUAGUGGAACAAAACAUGUUAACGGUGCCCGGGGCCCCUUCGCAGACCUGUUUCGUGUCUUCCUUCAGCUGGUGUCGCAAGAAGCAGGUCUUGGACCUGGAGGAGGAGGGUCUGUGGCCAGAACUACUGGACAGUGGCAAGAUUGAGAUUUGUGUCUCUGAUUGGUGGGGAGCCCGGCACGACAGUGGCUGCAUGUAUCGACUCCUUGUCCAACUUCUAGAUGCCAACCAGACCGUCCUGGACAAAUUCUCAGCUAUGCCUGAUCCCAUCCAGCAGUGGAACAACCAUGUUUACCUCCAGGUCUCCUACGUGUUCUCCAAUAUCAAGACAGGCGUCCGCUUUGUGUCUUUUGAGCACUGGGGCCAGGACACGCAGUUCUGGGCUGGCCACUAUGGAGCCCGUGUGACCAACUCCAGCGUGAUUGUGCGGGUCCGUCCGUCCUCGUGUGCAGACAACCUGACGUGCCUUCCGGAAGAUGGGACCGUUGGCUGCACGUCUCCCUCACCAAAGGCUCCCUGGCGUCCUAGGAAGUCCUAGGUCCAGUCCAAGGUCCUGCUGGGCCCUUCGUCCAGGUUCCAGAAGCUUCCAGAAGAAAGUUCUUCCAUCAGAUCUACCUACUGCUGCUCGAGGGAGACCCACAGGGGGACUCAGUGGGACACUGGUGCCCCAGAAGACGCCUAGCCCUCCCCUCGGAGGCCCCGUGAUUCAGCCCGAGUCACUCAGCCCGCGUCCGCUCUCUGCUUCGGCGGCCUUACUGGUCACUUCAGGGAAGCCCCCUUCCCUCUCUAAACUGGAAUCUCUCCCUGUGGUCGAUGGUCUCAGCCACCUUAGCUGGUCACCUUAACCUCAGGAGCCAGGACCAGCUCUGAUAGCUGCACGUCUGCUAACUCAAAAAAUGUUUGCAAAUAGACACUUCUACCCAUUCUGACGUCUAUGAAAAAUGAGGUCAGCCCCCCGCCCCCGCCGCCGAGCACAGCCCUCACCUUCAAGGGUCCCCAUAAUUGUGUGGUAUGUAAAAUUAUAUUUUAUAUUUUGAAUUUUUUUCAAACCUUGAGAGAAUAAUAUAUCAGCUGCAUUUAUCUGCCAAUCACAUAUAAUAAAUGUAUUC